ACCAAUUGAGCUAAUUUCAAUGAAUUUAGAAGUAUCACCUCACUUUUUCUGAUCUAAACAAGUAAAAGAAGUUUGUAUAACACCAGUAGUUGUUUAUUAGUGCGAAUAAGUGCUUUUAUGUGAACAUGACUGGUUUAUAGGCCAAAUCACAAUCUGGUGGUGUUAAAAAUUGUUAAUAUCUAGCCAUGGGUGAAGGAUCAUGCUAAUUUUACUUGAGACUCGGUGACACAAAUACAGAAUGGAGGUAUAUUCAAUGUCUGAAUUUGAAUGACGAAAAUUUAAAGUAUUUGUUGAACUGUCAACAUCAUUAUUGGAAAGAUAAAUGAACUAAGCUUUGUGAAUGAUUAAAAUAGAAAAUGACAUGGACAGGAACAAGCAGUCAGCGUUGGGGUAACUUUUCAAUUUAGGUAAUCUUAAAGUUCAAUUGAAGGACCCUUUUCAAUCUUGUAUCUGCUUGGAAGUUACAAAUCUGCCUUUCAAUGUUUGUUUUCAUUGUUCGUUGUUUCAGAGAUGAAGCCUUAUUAUGUCAUCUAUCUCUUAAUAUGAUUCAUUUUGCAUUUUUUCAUACCUUUUCUUUAUCCCAAGUAUUGCAUCUGACCUUGUCGCGCAGUUGCUGUAAUUUAUCUGCCUACUUAACACUGGUUUAUGUAAAUUUGUAACAUAAAUAAUUGAGGGGAUGGUGAAGCAAAAUUUGGAAGUUGAUGCUGUUCAUAUUGUCUACACUUCUGGAAUUGAGGACAGGUUUAAUCCUCGGAGACUUUUGACAUCAUUUUUACUAGACUCCAGAGAGUCAUUGAAGAAAAGGAACAAAAAAUCACAAGGUUCACUUGCUGCUGUGAAUGAAGCAAAAAGGAAACAUUUGUUUGAUCUGACAUCUGUCAUCAAAUGUUUGAAAUGCCACGAUAUUGAUCCUUCAAAACUUCUUCCUGGGUGGAAAAUCAAUGAGAAAAUAAUGGCCCUGGAGAAAGAAAUUGGUGGAUUUGAUAAGCAGAUAGGUAAGAAUAUGGCACAAAAGAGAAAAAGUGAUGAAACUGAGUCGUCAAGAAGGUUCAGAAACAGAGAAGCAAAACGCUCAUGUAUUCCGCCAUGGCUACGACAGCAAAGAGUUGAUGCUCAUGCCAAUAACAAUAACACCUUGCCAGAAGGUCGAACUACUGGCCACCUUCAUGGUUAUACUGUGUCCUCAUCAGUAUUGCGUGGGCCUUCUGCAGGUUCAAUACAUGAAAAUAUUGCUGGCUCACUUGUAGGAACUGUGGGAGGUGUGGCCAUGGGUGUAGCUGGAGCAGGUAUAUUAGCAAGUGCCGAUGGUAUUCAUGCAGGUAUAUCAGCAGGCACAGAUGUUGUUCAGCAAGAAGGUCCAUAUGCUGGAGGUCAUGGAGGGACUCUAGUUGAUAGUACGCCAGGACAAAUAGGGAGUCAUACUGGUCAGUUGUAUGGUCGGCACGGGAAUGCAGCCGUGAUGAUAGUCUGGCUUCAUGCAGCUAUGCUUAUAGGCCAUCAUCGUACUUGGAAGUUGGAAGGCUCUAAGGGGUUGCCAAACACCAUGCAUACUGAUGCUUAUAGGUCACCACCAUACUUGGAAGGUUCUACAAGAUUGCCAAACGCCAUAUCCGGUGAUGCUGCUGGCCGGAGCUCUGCAUCUGAUAUCUACCAGGUUGCUGAUACUGUCACAGCAAGUGAAUUACACAUGAGCCGCGGCUUACGAACAGUUGAUACCGUUUCAUCUGCUGCGUCUGCUCAUCCUUCAUCCAACUUGUACCGGCCAAAAUAGUUGUCUGUAAACCCAACCUAGAAGUGACUUCUAUAUGGUCUGUUAAGGCAGUCUCAGAAUUGUGUUUAUUAGUUACUAAAAACUCUGGACAGUUGUGUAGGCUUAGCAUAUUAAUGUCUAUAAUCUACUAGGAAAAAAAUAAUUUCUCUUGUAUAUAAAACCUUCCUUUUGUACUCCAUUCCGUUGAAACUUGUAUUGUAUUUGCUUUUA